UACAGAUCAUCACACCGGAUCGCGACCUUGGUGCGGUGCGGCACACGUAUUGAUAGUGUGUAAGAUCUUCGCCGUACGUGAGUUAAACGUGAGUUAAGGUAGAGUGAAAAAGAGAUAUUAUGACCCCAGCAAGACGCUCCCUGAACAUAAUACACAAAUAUUAUAUUAGUCCGGUGCGGAUCGCACUUCAUCGACGGUCAGCGCGACACUAAAACCAGGCUUAUAUAUAUGUAAUCGAAUCUAUAAAUGUAGGACGCACAUUUUCAUCUAUAGAAAUAGGCCGUAAAUUUGAAUAAUUUAGUUGCAAUCACAGGUCUACAAUGACGCUUGUACUUUAGAAUAGCUGAAGUGUACAAAAGGGGAGCUCACCUUUAUGAACAUACCAUGAUGAGUGAGUGCGAAAGAGGCAGACUACAAAACAAAUGAAGAAACGUGACCCCUUGCAAUUUGAAUUUAUUUAGAAAAUGAUAGACCCUACUAUAUAUUCCAUGUUAUCUUAUCCUACAUGUAUUACUUAUGGUCACUCAAAUUAGAACGAGAUGCAAGGCUCUAGUUAAAUGGGCUCAUGAGAAGUCAUGUGGACACUUUUUGGUCAAUGUACUCGAUCCGGCUAGAGUAAUAAUUCUACAUCCGUGCCGUGUGUCAGACCUGUGACAAUAUCAUUGUCAAAGAGACUCGAUAUCGCAUGAUUUUGGAUACUUCGUUCUAUGCUUCGUUGUUAUUUUAUUUCAUUUGUUCGCUAUAAAGUAAAAUUGAUAGCAGUAAUUUCGUGUAGAAUAACUUUUUUGAGUCGCCUGUGUAAGUCCCUUCGUAAUUUCGUUUCUGCAACGGUAGCAAUCCAAGGAUUUGUACCAAACAUAUUGUGGUAGAAGUUGAUUCUCCGCGUACCUAGCGGCCCGAGCGUGCUCUGACACACCACGAUGGUCAUUGUCUUGCCGUAGACUACCAACAUGCAAGUUAUCAACCUGACAGAUGAGGUGAUAGACCUGUCAGAUGAGGAGACUCAUCGGACGCUAGAGGUGGUUGUGAAGCAAAAUGCCAAUGACCUUCAGGCACCAAGGCAAGAGACAACUGUCAACCUACAGAAUGCUACAACCAAAAAGGAGAGUAUCGACGAGCAAGAAUCUGACAUGAAGCGCGAGGUGGUCGGUCAAGUCGCAUUGAAGGUUGUAGCAGAGCUUGAGGUCACUGGCUCGGAGGCAGAGGUGGGCGUGUGGGUGAUGUGCUCCGGGCGCGGGGAGGGGGGAGGGCCGGAGGGUGGGCUGGAGCGCGGCCCCGACGCCCGCAGGGAGCACGGGGGCGGGGAGGAGGGAGGGCCGGAGCGCGGCCCCGUUGCCAGCAGGGAGCGCGGGGGCGGGGAGGAGGGAGGGCCGGAGCGCGGCCCCGUCGCCAGCAGGGAGCGCGGGGGAGGGAGGGAGCUCAGGGGAGGCCCCGCGACCGCUAGGAUGCCGCCGGGCCCCACCACACAAGUGGCCGAGCUCGCGGAGCAGCGGCCUGGCACGUCGGGGACAGAUGAGGAACACACACAUACACUGCGGGCAGACGACACACAGACACACACACCGGGGACAUACGUGGCACACGCACCCUACCCCUGCACGACAUGCGGAAAACGGUUCAAGGCACAAAUAUAUUUAAAGAAACACCUUCUCCUUCAUACUGGAGCAAAACCUUACACCUGUAUCACGUGUAAAAAGGCGUUUCCGCAAAGCGACCAAUUAAUAAGACACGAACGCAUCCACACCGGUCAAAAACCGUACGCCUGCGAUGUAUGUACCAAAGCGUUUGCAGGUUGGGCUGCGUUAGUGAAACACCGACGGAUUCACGAUACCACCGGCGUAAGAAAAUUCUCUUGUAUUACGUGUAAGAAACAGUUUAGAUUCCGGUUCGAAUUAAUUCGGCAUGAACGGAGUCACUCUGAUGAAAAGCAGUACGAUUGCAAGUUGUGUAACAAAGCGUUUAAAUCCCAUAAACAGUUUCGUCAGCAUGUAUGCAAAGGAGAGUUCCCACAUUCCUGUGGUCUUUGUACAGGCGCGUUUUCAAAUAGAAGCAGCUUAAAGGAACACAGGCAACACGCUCACGCAGGUCGACAACCAUAUUACUUUUGCAGCAAAUGUAAGGAGCCAUAUUCAAAUUUGCGUUUUUUAGCCAGGCACGAACAGACUCACAGCGACAACCGGCUGUACAGGCACGCCUGCCAGCAAUGUACGGUGACGUUCGCAACACACGCCAGUUUACAGAAUCAUAUGCAACGACAUAUCCAGGGAAAUCUAAACGAGUGCAAAAUAUGUGGGCAACAGUUUGAAGAAUCGAGUAGUUUAGGAGACCACGAACAAACACACAACAUUGAAAAGUCAUACACCUGCGGAAUGUGUUACGAGGGAUUUGAUUCUUUGAAAGACUUUCAAAAUCACGCCCGAAUCCACAUGUAAUAAAAAAUGUUACGUUCUACACUUAGACAUAAGGUAUUUUCUUCUGAUUUACAGAUUCUUGUAUUGAUGGGGCCGAAGCUAGUGAUGGCAAUCACGAAUAGAGUUGUCUAUUAACCUGAAGUUUUGAGUCCUAACACUAACUCUUACGAGUCCGCAGCAAGCUCGGCCGAAUUUCACCAUCCCAUACAAACGGAGUUUCGAUUCUCAUUUUAAAACUACGUGUUGGAUUAUAAUGAAACUUCACAUACAAAGACGAUAAGACUCUGUAUUCUUUUUAACUAUGUAUAUGGUAUCAGAAGCUACAUAAAAUAAUUACAGGCAUAGGUAUACCUUAUCCUAUUGUAAGUACAGUUUCAGAGCAAUCUAGCUUGUCGUCUUAAAAUGAGAGCGUAACUACAUUGUAUGGAGACCCGAGCUUGCCGCGGACUCUUAGACUGGGAAUAGUGGAAAUUUUAAGUCGUAACUUAGUCUUAAAAGAACUGAAGUCUUUAAAACAUUCACUGUCUGACAAAAAAAAAAUAGUACUCUAAAAAACGAGGUGGCGAGGCCACGUAACUAAACUACCAAUACACACUUUUUAAAAAAAGUCCUUGCGGGUGCGACUACGCUCACGGCUAAAUUAGUUCACGCUACGCCACUGCUAGCCGCAUCGGCCAUUAUUAAAGGGGCUGUACAUUUCAUAACUGUUGAUUGGACUGAAUAUAAUUGGUCAAACUGAACCGUGAAUGGAAACGUGCAGACCGAAUGAACGUGUUACGAAAGCAAAUUAAUUGCUUAAGGGCAUAUUUUUUUUAUUUUUCUCAGAUUUUGUUAACAUUUUAUAGAUAUAGCUGUAACAAAAAUAGUGGGGAUCCGGUCGUCGACUUUUCCACACGACACGAUACAACACGAUAUUCUUGUUACACCUCGUGUAGAGUUUUAUUCUGUACAACAUAGGCUCCAUUUCAUCGUAUGUGCUGAAAUACCUUCCACUGAGAUACGGAAAGGUAUAUCAUUUUCGUAAGUCGAUGUGAAUUUUCAUAGAUUUGUUUGUCCCUAAUUUGGAUUUUGUGUUUAUUCUGACUAGAAUGAGGAGCUCUUCAAACAUACUAAAUUUCAUAAAAAAAAUAAAAAAAAUGGGCGUUAAAUUGAAUAUAAGAGCUUACUGCAUUAAAUCAACGAUGAUCAACUCUGGCCAACGCGGGACGGACCCACAUCAGCAGUUGAUCCUCGUUGAUGUUUUCAUUGUGAUUGACAACUGUAUAUAGAUUAUAGAUUGUAAUGUGGUACGUUCCACAAUAAAAAAGGAAAAAAAUAUUAACAUUUAUAUUUACUUUAUUUUAAAUACAUAUCUUUGUGCGAA